ACGUACAGUUGAUAUGUAAAUUAUAAAACCACGUUCGCUCAUUCGGCUUAAAAAAUGUCAGUUCCCUUCAGUGGAUGUAAAUCGCGAUCAAAUGGUUUAAUAAGUGCCAUCAUAAAGCAGCUGAAAACUAUAAAUUACAAGCCUGCAAAGAAAAUUACCGUACAAUUCGACCCCUUUCAUGAAAGAGCCACCGAAAUGAGAAAAUUGAUGUUUUAUCUGACUGGGCCGAAAUAUGCGAAUACAAAUCCAGCCUGUCUUUUGAAAACAAAUAUCGUGUGUGAUCGUUCAGAGCCAUUAGUCACAGUCGAUUUAGUAUCUGGAGAGAAAGUGGUUAUGAAAUGCAACAAUCUUACGCUUGUGGAGGUACUGCAACUUUAUAAUAAACAUGUAACUUCCCUUGUACCACGUGAACAAGAAAAAGAUGAAGACCUUAAGUCGAAACUAAAAUCCAAAAAAGGAAAGAAGCGAUAGAACAUAAAACAAGCGCACCAAU